ACGUCAGCAGCCACGGUGAAGACUUACAGUUCACUACGCGCAUAUGUAGGCAUCUAUUCGUCAUUCUGAGGCGGAGCCUUCUCGACGUAGGCCGCAUUUGAAGCGUGUCCCGUACUUGACUGCCAAUUUGACUUGGGCAAGUCGAAGAGGGCGGCUUGAAUUGGACGACCUGAAUCUUGAGUUCUAGGUUCAGACGGUUAGGGGACGAUGCUUUAACAUCUUUUCCUGCGAUCUUCAUGGUGUGCGAGGUGGACGCCAAAGGUAGGGGAUCCUUUUGGAGUCAAUGGCGUCUAGCUGUCUGUUGGAGCAAAGCAUCAAACGGAGCUGAAAAGCCACAACAGCGAAGACUGUAACAUAGAUACCGUUUUGGCGAAAACAUAUACCCUAAUAUUAAUAAGUAGCGCCAGGGGUUCCACAAGGAACCAUUCUAGGACCAAUCGCCUUCCACUUAUACUAAGAAAAACACUCAGUUGAAACGUCAACAUGCAGACGGCGAAUGAGUCAUUCAAUGUGACUAUGUUUGACUUUAGUAAUCCUAUCUUGAAGCAAACUGUGCCUAUUAUUUCGGUGUUCGUGCUAUCCUACUUCGUCGUGUUCGCCAUGUGUGUAGUCGGAAACGUGCUUGUCUGCUUCGUGGUGCUGAAGAUUCCACGCAUGCGUAACGUGACCAACUUCUUCAUCUUGAACUUGUCCGUCAGUGACCUGUUGGUCUCUGUCUUCUGUAUGCCCUUCACCUUGGUGGACAACAUCAUUAAAGGAUGGCCAUUCGGGGAUGUGAUGUGUAAGCUGUCCCCUGCUGUGCAAAUUGUGUCGGUGACCGCCUCCGUCUUCACGCUAGUCGCCAUUGCACUGGACAGAUACUACGCCAUCAUCUACCCGACUGAGCCGAAGUUCACCAUCAGACGUACCAUGUACGUCAUUGCUGGAGUUUGGAUCCUGGCAAUCAUUGUGGCAAUACCCCAGAUCCUCCUGAUCCAAGAGGGACGCUGGCCCCGGGAGGGAGACGUCAUCCUCCUCCAUCUUUGCGAGGAGCCCUAUCCCUACUGGCGCAAGGCUUACACCACCGUGCUGUUCGGACUCUGCUACAUCUGCCCCCUCCUGGUCAUCAUGUACCUGUACGUCCGCAUCGGCUACAGCGUGUGGAUAAAGCCUACCCCGGGCGGUGACAAGGCAAGUAAGGAAGCCAAAUCUCUCGCCAUGAGCAAGAAGGUGAGAGUUAUUAAGAUGUUGUUAACGGUGGUGAUCCUGUUUACCAUAUCCUGGCUACCUAUCCAUGUCAUCACCAUGAUCAACGACUACGCCACGCUGUCAGCAGACAGGCAGAACAUCAUCUGGGUCUACAUCUAUCCCGUUGCUCAUUGGCUGAUCUACUUCAACAGCUCGGUUAAUCCGAUCAUCUACGGAUACUUCAACCAGAACUUCCGGACAGCCUUCAAGACGCUGCUGUUGUCGCGGCGAGGAGUCGGUGCUCUACAAGACAUGAGCAACGCCAACGGGGCACACACCAACAGGCAUCACUCGAGAAGCCCGAACCCUCGUUCUGCAUCGAGAAGCCCACGGCCGGGGGUCUCUCCGAAGCAACGGGGUCUUGUGGUCGAGACUCGGAACAAAAGUCUUCCCGACGUUAAUUGAAUGACUACUGAUUAGAUAACUACUAAUCAGCUACAGAAGAUAAGCCCGUUCAAAAAUCAAACUGCCCAUAGCUGGCCAUAUUACAUAAGUGAAGGCCCCUGAUGCUAUUCUUAAUCUUGUCAUGCGAGCCGACUGACGGAGGCCGUAUGUGCAUCUGGACUUAUGUAAAGCAUGUGGAGACAAGAACGGUUUGCAAGUCAGGGGCCGUUUAACAGCUCAAGGCAGUUAGAUCCGCGAGGAGGCUUAUUUUUUACUGUUAAUUCGUCCGAAAUAAUUGCCUUCUGUUGGAAAAUGCGAUGACGUUGUCAUCUAAAUUCUUUUUGAUAUAAACUCUCUUUCUUUACCCUCGUGUCAAUAUGAUACAGUACAUGCUGUUCAAAUAAUGAGUCCUGAAUUUUUGGGAGUGGUUAUUAAAAUUCAAGGAAUCAUUUUUAAGAAAACAGCAGCUUGUGAAUUACUAAAAG